AUGAAGGGCUGCAGCGUGGAAGGAGCCGGGCCGGAGGGCAAGGACUGCGGACCCUUCCUCGCCGAGCAUCAGGCUUGGAAUGGGGCCGAGGGGUCUUCUCUCUGGAUGCGCCAUCCGAGGCGGGCUGCCAGGGGUCCGGAGGAGGAUUGGUAUUCCGAGUCCGAAUUUCGUGACUACGAGGCGGACGAGGGGACGUUCGACCAUUUCCGUUUCAUUAAAAUAAUAAAAAUAAUAUUUCUCGUGGAUAGAGAGGCGAAGCGAGACGAAGUGUCGUCCUCCACGCCCCUCUCGGGACUGAGCCGCGAGGAGCGGCGACGGCGGCGACGCGCGACGGCGAAGUACCGCUCGGCCCACGCGACGCGCGAGCGGAUCCGCGUCGAGGCCUUCAACGCCGCCUUCGCCCAGCUGCGCCGGCUUCUCCCCACCCUCCCGCCGGACAAGAAGCUCUCAAAGAUCGAGAUCCUCCGACUCGCCAUCUGCUACAUCGCCUACCUCAAGCACGUCUUGGAAUCCUAA